AUGUCGGCGACCUUUCUGAACGGAAUCGCAAGCGACGCUACACGCCAACACCUGCAAUCCCAGACCUACACCACUCUGGAGAAGGCUCUGGAGAUCUGCGAGGAGUACAAACUCCGGAAGAGCAACAGGAAAGGCAGUACGGCGCCUGAUGUGGCUCGCGUGGACAACGCACGCCGUGGCGGUGGCGCGCGAGGCAGAAACCGCGGCGGCGACCGUGGCGGACAGCAGCGGCGCGGCGCAGGCCCGGACAGGCAGCCCGCAUCUGAUGGUGGUAGCGGAAGCGUAUGCGACGGAUGCGGCUCCAACCAGCAUGUCCGAGCGGAGUGCUGGGCAAAAGAGCUGGCCUGCAAAAAUUGCGGGAGAAAAAGCCAUAUCGCAAAGGUGUGUAGAAGCGCGAAGCAACCGCAGCGCGGACGGGGUGGACGCGCGACCUUUCUCGUGGAGGAGGAGCUGGAUGUGCUCUCGGUCGAAGCAGCAGCCGGGCGAUCCAUCCACGUGCCGAUCAAGCUGAACGGCGUCCCGGUGUCACCAGUUCUGGAUACUGGAUCCAGUCUGUCGCCCUACACGAGCCUCUUGCGAAGCUUCACAGGCCAUGCCAUGAAGGUAAUGGGCACCGUGACAGUGGAUGUCACGCACGGCCGGAACAAGAAAGCGCUACCAGUAAUCGUUGUGGCCAGCGGUGGCAACGUUCUUGGGAGGGACUGGAUCCGGGCUCUCGACCUCAGUCGGCUGAGCCUGCGAGACCUCCAGUCGGCGUCCGUAUCGACCGUCUCCGGAAUCACGGUGGAGGAGCUGCUGGCGAAGCACAGCACCGUGUUCCGCGAAGAGUUGGGCCAUUGCCGGCACUACAAAGCCCAUCUGCACCUGAAGCCCGGAGCCACGCCGGUGUUCCGAAAGGUGCGGCCAGUCCCGUUUGCGUUCCGGGAAGCCCUCGAGCGCGACCUGGACCGCCUCGUGGAGAAAGGGAUUCUGACUACGGUCGAGCGGGCGGACUGGGCAGCUCCGGUGGUAACCGCGCAGAAGCGGGCGGGGGACAUCCGCACCUGUGCCGACCUCAGCACGGGCCUGAAUGACGCCCUAGAUGUCCAGCAAUAUCCGCUGCCGACACCGGAGGAGCUUUUCGCCAAGCUCAAUGGCGGUCGGAAAUUCGCCACCCUUGACCUGGCGGAGGCAUACGCCCAGGUCGAGCUAGACGACGACAGUAAGAAACUGCUGGUGAUCAAUACCCACAAGGGGUUGUUCCGAUACAACCGCCUUCCCUUUGGCGUAGCGUGCGGCCCCAGCAUCUUUCAACGGAUAAUGGAAAGCGUCCUCCAAGGCCGCGAGGGUGUUGCCAUCUAUCUGGAUGACAUCAUCAUCACCGGGGCGACCGAAGAGGAGCACUUGAGGAACCUGGAGAAGGUCCUUCAGCGUCUAGAGGAGCACGGGUUCACGCUCAAACGGAGCAAGUGCCACUUUCUGCAGGACUCCGUGGAGUACCUUGGGUUCGUGGUGGACCACCAAGGUCGCCACAUCUCCCAGGACCGAGUGAAGGCUCUCCGAGAAAUGGCCCGUCCUACCAAUAUCAGUGAGCUCCGCGCGUUUCUGGGUUUGGUCAACCACUACGGGAAGUUCGUCCGCGGCCUUUCCGGGAAGUGUGCCCCGUUCCACGCCCUCCUGAAGACCGGAGUUCCCUGGUUUUGGUCCAAGGACUGCGAGUCCCAGUUCCUGUCCCUGAAGGACCAAAUUGUCCGCGCAACCUUCCUGGUUCACCAUGACCCGCGGAUGCCAUUGGUCCUGGCAGCGGACGCGUCCCAGUAUGGCGUAGGUGCCGUGAUUUGCCACCGUUUCCCGGACGGAACGGAACGCCCGAUUGCCCAUGCGUCCAAGACCCUGACAGCGGCCGAAAAGAACUACGGACAGAUAGAAAAGGAAGCCCUGGCACUCGUCUUCGGCUGCCGGAAGUUCCAUCAGUACAUCGCCGGACGCGAUUUCACCCUGUGUACUGAUCAUAAGCCGCUUCUCAGCGUCUUCGGCACCAAGAAGGGAGUUCCAGUGGUGACAGCACACCGCCUACAGCGAUGGGCGCUCAUGCUGAUGGGGUACUCUUUCAGCAUCGAGUACCGCAGGACGGAGGACUUCGGCCAGGCGGACGGCCUCAGCCGCCUCCCGCUGCAUUCGACAGAGCUGGACGGACUGUACGGACUGGGAAUGGACAGUGUGGUGAACGCUAUUCACCUGGAUAAUGUGUCCCGUUUCCCCGUUGCAGUGGAAGCGAUCGCGGUGGAGACCACCAGCGACCCGGAACUGUCCAAGGUGUACGAGUACGUUAUGACUGGCUGGCCUGCCUCAGUCGAAGAACACCUGCGUCCGUAUAAACGACUCGAACACGAGCUGAUUGUGAUAAACGACUGCAUCUGCUGGGGCUCCCGGACAGUCAUACCAGCGAAACACCGACAGGAGAUCCUCGACUACCUGCAUGCCGCCCACAUGGGCGCGGGGAAGAUGAAGGGUGAGGCCCGGGGAUACUGUUGGUGGCCACACAUGGAUGCUGACAUUGAACGCAUCUCCAAAGAGUGUCGCAUCUGUUCCGAGCGAGCAAAGGAAACCGCCAAGGUUCCACUGUCGCAAUGGGCAGUCCCCGAUGCGCCAUGGAAACGACUCCACAUAGACUUCGCCGGCCCAUUCCAUGGGACAAUGCUACUGCUCAUCGUGGAUGCCAUGUGGAAGUGGCCGGAGGUCGUGCAGAUGAAGCACGCCACUUCCGACGGUGUUCUGGAAGCGCUACGGAACCUGUUCAGCCGUUACGGUGCGUGUACCGAAAUGGUGACGGACAACGGCACCCAGUUCACGUCGCAGGAGUUUGCCGACUUCUGCGCGGAACACGGCAUCCGACACCUGCGAACACCACCCGGCCAUCCGCAAUCGAACGGCCAGGCUGAGCGUUACGUUCAAACGUUUAGGGACGGAAUUACGAAACUCAUGGCGGACCGGAAGUCGCUAUCGGCCGCGCUCCGCGAGUUCCUUUUCCGAUACCGGAGCGCCCCCCUUGCUACGACAGGGAAAUCUCCCGCAGAACUUUUCCUUGGCCGGAAACUGCGUUCUCAGCUGGACUUGCUGGUACCUGUCAAGCUGCCCACGACGGAAGCCAACCGGCGACGCUACCAGCAGAACUUUGACAAGCGAACGAAGGCGAAGCAUUUCCAAGUCGGCGACUACGUGAUGGUGCGCGAUUAG